AUGGGGGAAAUGGAACAGAUGAAGCAGGAGGCUGAGCAGCUGAAGAAGCAGAUUGCGGAUGCCCGGAAAGCCUGUGCAGACACAACGCUUGCUCAGAUUGUGUCUGGAGUGGAGGUUGUUGGUCGCAUCCAGAUGCGGACCCGAAGGACCCUGCGUGGGCACCUGGCCAAGAUCUACGCCAUGCACUGGUCCACAGACUCCAAACUUCUGGUCAGUGCCUCACAAGACGGGAAACUGAUUGUGUGGGACACGUACACAACUAACAAGGUUCAUGCCAUCCCUUUGCGUUCUUCCUGGGUCAUGACCUGUGCCUAUGCCCCCUCGGGCAAUUUUGUAGCCUGUGGGGGCCUUGACAACAUGUGCUCCAUCUACAACCUCAAGACUCGUGAAGGCAACGUCAAAGUGAGCAGGGAGCUCUCAGCUCAUACAGGUUACCUCUCCUGCUGCCGAUUUCUUGAUGACAACAAUAUUGUGACUAGCUCUGGAGAUACCACAUGUGCGCUAUGGGACAUCGAGACAGGGCAGCAGAAGACUGUGUUCCUGGGACACACCGGCGACUGUAUGAGCUUGGCCGUCUCCCCAGACUUCAAACUCUUCAUCUCUGGGGCUUGUGAUGCUACUGCCAAACUGUGGGAUGUGCGGGAGGGCACCUGCCGUCAGACCUUCUCAGGGCACGAGUCCGAUAUCAACGCCAUCUGUUUCUUCCCUAAUGGUGAAGCCAUCUGCACCGGCUCAGAUGAUGCCACCUGCCGUCUCUUUGACCUCCGGGCAGACCAGGAGCUCAUAGUGUACUCUCACGAGAGCAUCAUCUGCGGAAUCACAUCAGUCGCCUUCUCCCGCAGUGGGCGCCUCUUGCUUGCUGGUUAUGAUGACUUCAACUGCAACAUCUGGGACUCGCUGAAAGCAGAGCGUGUGGGAAUCCUUUCUGGCCAUGACAACAGAGUGAGCUGCCUGGGGGUGACGGCAGAUGGCAUGGCCGUUGCCACCGGCUCCUGGGACAGCUUCCUCAAGAUUUGGAACUGAGGACGGCAGCAGAGCGGGAAAGAGCAGCGGAAGCACGGCCCACAGCCCGAGCCCACGCAAACAGCAUUGUCAGCUGAGAACAACAGAAACGCCUACCUACCACUCCAGCUUGUCUCUAGACACAGGUCACUUGUAGGGGUCUCCCAGAGUGAAAGGGAAAGGAGAGG